AUGAGCUCUGUUUACGUUCCCACUGCUGUCCACACAGGGGAUAAGCUCAAGAGAGCUCUCAAACGAACGCUCGAUGACACUCCCCGACAAAACCACCAAACUACAAUAGAUGGUGGAAGGCGAAUGUUUGUGUUUGCCCGACUUGUGGCUUACGUACAUUCACUCGUCCCUGCCCCGCUAUACCCAGCCUUCCCUCCCAUGCCGCCCUCCUCUCUUCAAUUGCCUAUAUACCUGCUCCUCUCACUCCUCAUCCUGGCUAUCUCCUUCAUUCCAAUCUCUACUCUCCUCUCAAGAAGCUUCUCCCGCCUCAGCCAAAUUUCUUCGCAUCUGCGCCCCGCCCCCGCCUUCCCAUCUUGCACAGCUCCUCCCCUCGCCACAAACCGCACCUUCUCCACCAUGGCCUACGAGAAGGAGCUUCACACAGCCCUCCUCGCUGUCCAACGUGCCACACUUCUCACCAAAUCGGUCUUUAGUUCGCACUCCAAAGGCACGCUCUCUAAAUCUGACUCCUCACCCGUCACCAUCGGUGACUUCGGCGCCCAGGCCCUGAUAAUCGCCAGCAUAAAACACGUAUUCCCAGAUGAUGAAGUCGUAGGUGAGGAGGAUGCAGACGACCUACGGUCCAAUUCUUCAUUACGCGAUCUUGUCUGGGACUUGGUGCAAUCGACCAAGCUCGAGGACAGCGACGCGGAGACCGCAAUUGGGGGCCCGGUGGCGACGGUGGAGGGGAUGCUCGAUGCAAUCGAUGGCGGCAGGAGCCGUGGGGGCAGGGAAGGCAGGAUAUGGGCGCUAGAUCCCAUUGACGGGACGAAAGGGUUCUUGCGUGGUGGGCAAUACGCCGUUUGUUUGGCGCUCAUGGUCGAUGGCAUUCCGACUGUUGGUGUAAUUGGUUGUCCGAAUUUGCCUGUUGACGACACCGCGCCGCUCGACUCCUUCAUCGGCACAGACGCUGAUGACAAAGAAGGAAAAGGCGUGUUGUUCGGCGCAGUAAAGGGCGAGGGAUCAACUAGCCGUCCCCUCAGCAAUGGCGCGUUACAGCCCCCGACUCCUAUAAAGAUGAAGCCGCUUGAAGAUAUCAGCCAGGCCACCUUCUGUGAGUCAGUGGAAGCUGGUCACUCCUCCCAUGGCGACAACGCUGCUAUUGCCUCGAAACUCGGGAUCACGAAACCAAGCGUACGCAUGGAUUCGCAGGCUAAGUAUGGAUCCAUUGCACGCGGAGCUGGAGACCUGUAUCUCAGGUUGCCUGUUAGCAAGACGUAUGAGGAGAAGAUUUGGGAUCAUGCGGCUGGAGUUGUUAUUGUGCAGGAAGCAGGUGGCAAGGUGACGGAUGCUUGGGGUAAACCUCUCGAUUUUGGCAUUGGGAGAACGCUCAAGGAGAACAAGGGCGUCGUUGCUGCCCCCAAUGCUAUAUUUCCAAGGGUUAUUGACGUCGUGAAAGAGGUGUUGAGUGCUAAACAGUAGCCGAACUAGUGGAUGAAGUACUUAGCUGCAUCACUUGCUUUGCUAAUUAAGGGACAGGCGUAGAUAAAAAUUUUUAGCAAGACUCAGCAUCAUAGUAAAGCUAAUUCGCCAAAUUAGGCACGCCGAAAGGGC